GUGAAUAUCUGGCUCUCACAUAAAUCUAUAAGCUGUCUGAAAAAGCACAAUCUAUUCACAGAGAAAGCAUUUCUGACAGAAGAAUCAGCGGAGAAGAACAUUCCGGAAGACUUAGACUCUCAGAGGUGCAGCCAGUGAUUUCUCAAUUAGGCGCAUGGGCUUUAGGACCCAAGAGAUAUGCGUUUGCCGGCUGUCUCACUAUCAGAUGACUGACUGCUCAAAGUACAAGUGCAAACUCGUAAGCACUACUCAUUUUCCUGGUGCGUGUGAACCCAGAAGGAAAGCAAAAUGAGAGAUCCUGUAAGCGGGUGCACUCAUGAUCGAAUGUAUCAACAUAUCAAGACAUUUGCCAAAAAUGGUGACAAUUACUGCAAAGAACUGAUAUCUGUCCUUCAGCAGAGAGCUGACCUAGAAAAGAAGUAUGGCAAAGGACUCUUGAGACUAGCAAACAAAAUUACCAAAGCAUCCACCAACAUGAUUAAAAACUCCAUUUUUGAUGGGUGGAACUGCGUCUCUCAAGAAAUGACGUUUACUGCAGAAUUGCACGGGAAAUUAGCUAUUGCCAUUCAGCAAGAAGCAAUUAAACCAAUCCGUCAAAUGCUGGAUGAACAUACUAAAAGGAGAAAGUCAAUGGAUAAUGCUGUUGAAAAGUCAUCAAAGUGUGUUACAGACAACUGGAAUCAACAAAUUAAGAUGAAAAAGAAGUUAAUGAGAUCUACCAAGCACCAUGAAUCUGUCUCUGAUUUGGUGGAAAACAACAAACAAAUAGUAACUGAAAAAGAGAAAAAAAAGCAGCUGAAAAAACUGAAAAAAUCAUCAGGGAUGCUGACAAAAAUUGAUCAGCAGUACUAUGAACUAAACAGGGCUGGCGAGGAUGUCAGACUCAAGUGGGAGUCUACAUUUGAACAGUCUUAUCAGGUAAUAUAUGAUUUGGAAAAAGAAAAGAUAAGGCUGCUAUGUGACAUUUUAAAUAAAUACAGUGAACAUGUCACUUGUUUUGGAAGAACACUCAUAGAACGUCAAAGUCAAAUUCAUGAAGCUGUACAAAAUGUUAAUGUUGAGGAAGAUAUUCAGAUAUUGUUGGACCACACAUCCAUUUUAUCAGAUGAAAACAAAACAGAAUUUCUGCUUACAGAUUAUUAUGAAGAAGAUGGUAGGAACACAAUGGAUAAGGAAAGAAGGAAGACUGCACUAGCACAGAAACUACAAAGACUCCAAGAUGCUAUAAACAAAGUAAAUAAGGACAAAGAAGGAUUAGAGAAGAUGAUCAGUACAAGUUACAAAAGUCCAUCAUUUUCAGAUCCACAGACUGAAGAAAAAACUGUAUCAAUGCGAGAUGAGGCAUCUCUAAAACUAAUUCUCUUGGAAUUAAAUUACUACAAACUCUCAUCAACUAUGGCAGAACUGGAAGGAAAUCCCAAACCUUCUCAUCCACUAAGUGAAAACAUCAUUAAAUGGAAAGAUAAGGAACAUCAUCACAGUUUGGUGCAGGUAUUGCGUCCUAUGAAGAUGAAAAAUGUGCAGUGUCACAGAACUUUAAACUCUGUAUCAUCAGAUAGCUGGAGAAAGCACCACAAACACAGCCCUCAGCAGACAUCUGAAGUCAUAUACAUCAAUCAUACAAUUCAUUCAAAUCAUUCAGAGUCAGGAAUGGAACGAUCAGAGGUGGAUGCAAACUCAGCUGACAAUGUAACCAGUCCUAUUGAGGAGAUUGGAACAUGUAAAGCUCUAUAUGAUUAUCACGCUGCCAGAGAUGAUGAACUUAACAUGAAACAGGGUGAUAUACUUACUAUUCACAAAAAGGAUGCAACUGGAUGGUGGUUUGGCAGUUUGCAAGGAACAAAGGGCAUUUUCCCAGCUACAUAUGUAGAGGAAUUACCCCAAAUAGGAAAAGUCAAAUCAACAGAAGCAUAAACUAGUUCAGACUGUACAUGUCACUGAUUUUUGGAUGAAAAUAGGGUGAUUUGGAAAACUUCUGACAAGAGUUGUAGUGUUUUAAUACAAUCCUGCAAACUUGAAUUCAUUUUGAUUAUAAAAUCUAAUACAAGUUUUGGACAAGAACUUGUUUUAUGUUAACUGUGCUAAUGUAAUUUCUGCUUGUGAACUGAAAAGCAAACACUUUAAUAGCCACAAUUUACUGCAGCCAGCAAAUAGAUUUACUUUCUCAAAACUCUUUUGUAGGGUUGCUAUGUGUGCGCGAGAGAACAGUGCCUUCUACAGGCUUUCUGGGGCCUGUAAUGAGGGCACACAACUAUCUCUUUCAUCAAAUUGAAGGAUAGAAUACUGCAGUCUGGACUAGAAGAAAUUACGUUAGAAUAACGCAAUAAAUUUUUUAAAAAGGUACUAAAAGUGAAAGAAACGGUUUAAAAAGUUUGGCUUGAGAGAAUCAAGUCAAAGAAAAAAUCUGAUCUAAAGGAAUUAGACAACUGUAAAAUAGUGUCAGUAAUUAAGACUGAUCGUGCCAUUAAAAACGAAACAUAGUCUGAAACUUUGUGGCAAGGUUAAUUUGUAUUUGCCAUGUGAGUGUAGGAAAGUCAUACCAUUUGAUGCACUUGAAUGGGGGAGCAGACAACAAGAUGUUAUUUUGAGCAGCACGCUGAGGACAGCACAUCUUCAAUUUUCAUGUUUUAACUGUUUCUAUGCUUAGUUAAAGUUGCUGUUCAAAUCAUGCAUAAAUGCUAGCUUCAGUUACUUUUAUAGAAAAUAAUGACCCAUUAGUGUUUAUACACUGUAUUCACAAACCCAUGCUUUUUGAGACAAAUCACCAAUAGGCAAAGUACACCUUUGAUCGUUCAGAACAUGUAAACAUUACGGCUCAGAAGGAGGCACAUUGUGCCUGCACGAAUUCUAUUACCUAAUUACAAUCUCCUGCCUAUCCCUCAUAUUGCUGGACACCAUUUCUAUCCAAAUAACCAUGCCUUCAUCACAUUGCAAGCAACGCUUACCAUAUCCUGACUACUUGCUGUGCGAGAGUUUUUGUUCCCCUGGAUGACCCUUACUUCAUUUGUACCUCACUAAAUCUAUUUCCCUCUCCAUUCCUUUCUCUUUUACAAAGGGGAACAACAACUUAUUUACUCUAUCCAACCUGCUUUUGAUUUUGUAAACUCUAUCAAAUCUCCUCUUAGUCUUCUUCUCUCCAAAGAGAACAGCUCUAAACCUAUUUAUUGGAACUACUCCUGUGCGUCACUUCUGCACUCUCUCCAAUGCAUUCACAUCACUUCCUGUUCUUUAUUCUAUGCACCUGUUAAUAAAGCCAAGUACACUGUAUGCCUUAUUAACUGCUUUCUCUCCCCCGACCUGCCACCUUGAAUGAUCUGAACACAUAUACGGCCAGGACCCCCUAUUACUGCACUCAUUUUAUGUUAUCUUUCAAUGUUCUUCUGACCAAAGUGCAUCACCUCACACUUCUCUGCAUUGCAUCUCAUCUGCCACCUAUCUGCUCAUUCCACUUACCUGUCAAUGUCAUUUUGGAGUUCCACACUGUCCUCACCAUUUAUAUGUCUUCCAAGUUUAGUAUCAUCGAAAAAUUUGCACACCAAGAUCCACAGCACUAAUAUAUAUUAGGAAAAGCAAGGUUUCAAUACCUACCCUUGGAGAAAUCCACAAAUCUUCUGGCCUAAAAUAUAACUAUUGACUAUUACUGUUCCUGAUCACUUAACACACGCAAUUACUGUUGUCCCUUUUAUUUUCCUUACAGUGCCACAUAACAAACUUGUAUCAAACUUCUUCUGGAAAUCCAUGUAUACCACCAACAGCGUUACCCGCAUCAAUCCUAUUAUCUCUUCAAAAAAAAAACCCAGAAAGUUAUCAUGGUUUUACUUUUAGAAAUCUGUGUUGACUCUUCCUCAUCAACUAACCUUUUUUCCAUGUGCUCACUAAUUCUAUCCCAAAUAACUUUCUAGAAGUUUCCUACAACUGAAAUUAAAGUAACUGGUUUGUAAUUGCUAUGAUUAACCUUACAAUCUUUCUUGAACAAGGCUGUAAUGUUUGCAAUUCUUCAGUCUUCUUGAUCGGGAAGACUGAAACACUAUGUCCUGCAGUUUCUACCCUCAUUUCCUUCUAAAUCUGUGGAUGCAUCUCAUCUGGUCCCAGUAUCUUUGGGACUUAAAGUUGACAAUGAGACAGAAUGUAAAGUAUUCAUUUAAUAUUUCAGCCAUGCCCCUUGCAUCAGCUCUACUCCGUUAGCCAUUCCUUUAUUGUUUUAUAGAAGACUUUAGGAUUUUCGUUUGUUAACUGCUAAUCUUUUCUUAUAGUUUCUCUUUGCUUCUCUUGUUUGAUUUUUCACCUCCUCCUGAGACCUUUGGUAUUCCUGUUGAUUCUACAUUGCAUUUUCUGUCCUACACUGGUCAAAGGAACACAUUUUUCUAAUGUUAAUUUCUGCCUGUUUUAUCAUCCAGGGAAUCCUGGAUUUCUUUGUCCUAUCUUUACCAUUAGAAGGAAUAUACCUUGACUGUACCGGAAUCAUUUACACUUUGAAGGUGGUCCAUUGUUCAGUUACUGUUUUCUCUUCUUAUUCCAAUCAAUUCUGCUCAGCUCUGUUUUUGCCCCAUUAAGUUAGCUCUCCACCAAUUAUAUUUUCUUGCUCUGGAUUGUUGCAUGUCAUUCUCCAACACCAUCCUGAAACUUAGAAUGAUCACCAUCUCCUAAAUGUUCCCCAAUGAUACUUGAUUUGGCUCAUCUCAUUUCCAAGGACCAGGUGUAACAAUAUAUUCUUCGUUGUUGGACCGGAUACAUACUGCUGUAGGAAACUCUCCUGAAUACUUGUGCCUCACUGCCCCUUCAAUUACCCAAAUAUAGACUGGGAUACUGGUAAUGUAAGUCCCCCAUUAAAAGUAUCUCUAUAAUGUUGGCAAUUCUCAGUAAUUUCCCUGUAGAUAUGUUCCUUUACAUACUUUCCACUUGUUGAUAGUCUAUAGAGCACAUCAAGCAAUAUUUUAAUUGUACCUUUAUUUUGUAGCUCUGGCAAAACUAACUCUGUGCUUGAACCUCUCUGAGACAUCUUCCUUCUUCAGCACUGCAACUCCUCCUCCUUUCCCUCCCUUUUUAUCUUUACAGAAGAACUCAUACCCAGGAUUAUUUAAUACCAGUUUUGCCCUUCCUUGACCCAGGCCUUCAUCAUCACUAAAAUAUGAUAAUUCCACAUUGCAGUCUGUAUUUCUAACUCCCCACCCUAAUUUACUAUACUCCAUGCAUUUAUAUACAUGCACGCAAACUGUUUUGGACUUUUUCUUUCUCCUUCCUCUGACUUCACCUAUUAACUUAUUAUUCUCUAGGCUAUUGCCAGCUGUAUACCUAAAUAUUUCGCAAGCCCUGGUAUUCUCUUCUCUCCCUGAUCCCUGCCAAGUUAGCCUUCCCAAUGGCACUAGCAAAACACCCACAUGGAACUCAGUACCAGGUACAACCCAUCUGGCCCCAGAGCCAGUCCCAGUGUAUCAGGAAUGUUAACCCCUCCCUCCUAUACCAUCUUUCCAGCCAAGCAUUCAUCUGCGUUAUUCUCCUAUUUCUGUACUCACUUGCAUGCGUGGCGCUGGAGAUUACAACUUUGUGAUCUUGCUUGCUAACUUUCUAUUUAGCUCUCUAAAUUCUGAUUGCAGGACCACAUCCACCUUCCUAGUUAAGUCAUUAAAAAGUCAUUGAUUGUAUAUAGCUGUUGAAAUGCUUAAAAAAUAUAUCAGGUCUAUUCUUGAUAAGUAUUUUAUUCAAGUCUGAAUUAUAUUAAGAAAAAUAUACUUCAUUUAUACUGUUUACUUGGAAGUGUUUCUUUUCUGCUAAGAUACACCAUUGUAAUCAACUCAGAGGCAAUUCAAGCACCAUCCAAUAAUCCCACAUUUGCAAUAAAGUGUAAAUAAUCUGCA